ACCGGCGGUUGGGCCUGCUGGCCGAGCCGCAGCCCGGCCACUUGGGCGAAAGAAUCACCCAUCCUCCAGAACCUUCCGAGGCCACGCGCCCGGCGCGCGAUCUAGAACCUUCCACAGCCUUCCCGACGCCUCCCGACGCGCGCGCACUGUACGGACGGGUAUUUAGCACUGCGGCCGCCACUCCACCCCGCCGCCCGACGAAAUUCACCCACCGUCUCCCUCAUUUCUUUACCCACCCGCCCACCAUUUCUUUACCGCACGACAAAGAUCUAUCCCGCCGCCUUCGAUUCCACCCGAGAUAUCCCGCGAUUCCACCCGAGCUUCAGCGGGAGCAGAGUUGGCGGGGGUCAUGGAGGCGGCGGUGGCGGGGGGCGUUGUGAAGGAGGAGGAGCUGCUGCUGCACGAGGAGCAGCCGCCGGCGGGGCCGCAGCAGCAGGACGGGGCGCUGCCGCGGCCGAUGGAGGGGCUGCACGAGGCCGGGCCGCCGCCGUUCCUCACCAAGACGUACGACCUGGUGGAGGACCCGGCCACGGACCAGGUCGUGUCAUGGGGCCGCGCCGGCAACACCUUCGUCGUCUGGGACCCGCACGUCUUCGCCGAGGCACUGCUCCCGCGCCUCUUCAAGCACUCCAACUUCUCCAGCUUCGUCCGCCAGCUCAACACCUAUCUACUAGAUGGAACAAGAUACUGGAUGAAGUACAGGAACCAGAUUGUUUUGUUCUAGAAGACUCUACUGAUGAUGGAUUCAGAAAGGUUGAUCCUGACAGAUGGGAGUUUGCAAAUGAAGGUUUCCUUAGGGGUCAGAGGCAUCUUCUCAAGAUGAUCAAGAGAAGGAAGCCGCCAUCCAACGCGCCCUCAUCGCAGCAGCAGGCCCUCACAUCUUGCCUGGAGGUUGGCGAGUUUGGAUUUGAGGAAGAGAUUGACAGGCUCAAGCGCGACAAGAACCUCUUGAUCACAGAGGUAGUGAAGCUAAGGCAGGAGCAGCAAGCUACUAAGGAUAACGUGCAAGCCAUGGAAGGCAGGCUACGAGCUGCUGAACAGAGACAGGCCCAGAUGAUGGGGUUCUUGGCAAGAGCAAUGUGUAACCCACACUUCUUCCAACAAUUAGUCCAGAAGCAAGAUAAGAGGAAGGAGCUUGAGGAUGCCAUCUCGAAGAAAAGAAGGCGGCCUAUAGACAAUGCUCCAUUUUAUGGUCCCGCGGCGACAACAAGUCAGAGCGAGCAACUUGAUUCACAGUUCCUGUUUGAUUCUGGUGUCCUCAGUGAACCUGGAAUGAAUGGGAUGGAGAAUUUAGCGCAGAACAUUCAGGAGCUUGGGCAGGGCAAAACAGACGAGGAGAAGAAGGAUGAAGCUAAUGGGCAGUUGGAUAUCAACAACGAUUUCUGGGCAGAGCUAUUUUCUGAUGAUUUUGGAGACGGAGACGGGUCUGGGCUGUCAGAGUUGGAGGGAAGGAGACCUGAAGAUAUCGACGAACUGGCACAGCAGUUGGGGUAUCUGAGUUCUACUAGCCCGCAGUAGAGUUUUGUUCACAGUGGUUCACUUCAACCAACAAACAUUGCUUCUUCAGUACUACUAUUGCAGAUCAUCUUGAACAACCUGAUUUAGUUGAUUGGUGGCAACAUGACUGGCUAUCUGAGGUGUUCCAUACCGGAGAUUGGACCGUGUUGAUGGCACCUCUGGGUAGAGAGUAGAAGCUGAAGACUAAUUGCUGCGUCGCUUGAUGGAGACCCAUGACGUGUAUUGAAUGGGUACCUAAACUCGCAACUCUGAAGAAGAUGGUCCAGAUCGUCGACAUUCGGUUGGUCUUGAGCUGGUGUUCAGCAGCAGUAGCUGUGGAAGUGUGUUACUGUAUAUACUCGUUGGGUGAAGUUUUGUUGUGGAAGUCUGGUCUGUAGUCAGCCGUUGGCAUCUGGGUGUGGGUUUACCCAUUUCUCCUGCUGCUGUCCAUUUGCCAAUUUACCUUACUUUUAGGGCCUGUGUCCUGUGUGAUGAUUGGUAGUGUAUGCUGGAACCUCUGUUAUAUUGAGAUAAUAAAUGUUGAUAA